AGCCAUUUCUCUUGCUGUGCGCAUUGUUUUGCUUUGUAAAGUCUACGUCCUCGACAUCUCUUCUCGUCUUUAAUUCUGUUUCUUUGUUGAAUAUUUCUACAUUGAGCUUUUGCUCCGUUUAUACAUUUUGGAACCUGCUUCCAAGAAGCUUGAUCAUUCACGUAUAAAAUCGUGUAUGAGAGAGGAAAAAUUAAAGAAGUAAAAGAAGUUUUGGGGAAAUAUAAAAGAAGAAUCUCCCAGAGAUUCCCAAUUCCAAUUCUCCUCGGUUUAGAUCUCGCUCGAAACGCCGUGGAGAUGCAAGACAUGACUCCAGAACCUGCCAUGCAUAUUAGGCUAUGGCCUAUUGCGGUAUUGGUGAUUGCUACAUCAUUACUCUUCCGGAAAGCCUCUGUGGAGUUCUUCAUCAGCGCCUUUCUCAAACUCCUAUACAAAAUCCGCGCAGCAGAAGGAGGGAGUCUUCUUGAUGGCCCGAAUUACUCUUGGCCAAACGGGCAGAUGGUGGAAAAGUUUCUUCAAGCAAGAACAAAGUCAUGGGAAUGGGAGAAGAAGUACGGCAAAAUCUACCGUAUUUGGGCGGGGACUGUUCCUGAAGUUGUCAUUACGGAUCCAAAGGAUGUGCAGACAUUUUAUCUUGACUCCUCCGACCAUGGAAAAUCUGACAAAGCUAAUGCUGGAUGGCUCCUAUCUCUAAUCAUGGGAUCAGGUGCAGGUCUGAUUAACGGAGACUCAUGGGUCCGUUUACGCAAGUCAUUGGAUCCGAUGUUUUCGCACCGCCGAGCGCUCAGUCUACUACAGGGUUUCAUCAUUUCGUCCAAGGACUACGUGAAUAACAUUGAUACCUACAGGCUGAGGUCUCAGCCAAAGUCCAAUGGUGCGGCAGCGGAGCUUACUAUGACCAACCAGGUUGCUGGUGCUGAAAAGAAGGAGAAGCAAGAUGAGAAGGAGGACGGUGCGUUCAUCGUCAAUGCUGUCCAAGCACUGCAACGCUACCCUUUCUUUGAAACUGCUCGGAUCUUCUUUGGAAACAUGAAUGCCGCGGAGACAGACCGGCUUUGGGAACUGUCCAAACUAUAUGGACGAGCUUUUCAGCACGUCAUUGCCGGCGGACUCAAUCGCACAAAACUUACAAAGUGGGCCAGGACGAAAAGCUACCGCGAGACAAUCGAGUACCAGAAGCAAUGGGACGAGUACUGCGAGCAAUUGUACGAGACCAGAAUCCGGGAUGGUCGGCAUCAUACUCCGCUAGUCCAGUUAAAGCAAGCUGCUAGUAAGGGAGAAAUUACCAAUCGAGAGAUCUACCAUACCAUAGCAGAAUCGCUAUUUGCCAAUCUAGAUGUAACGACGCAUGUUCUUGCCUCUGCAAUCAUCUUGCUCGCCGACAAUGCAAAAGUGCAAGCCAGCCUACGGAGCGAAUUCCAAAAAGAAUGCGCCAGCGAGAACGACCUAGAAGCGUACGUGAGCAGGAAAGAUACGCUGCUUCAUUACUGUCUGCUAGAAUCGCUGCGGUUGCAGCCGGUGCUUCCAUUCACGUUCCCAGAGUAUGCGGGUCAGGACAAGGUUCUUUCAGGAUACGUAAUACCAAAAAAUACCACUGUCAUUAUUGACGCAUAUGCAAUCAACGUUCGAAACCCCUUCUGGGGUUCCAAUAGCGGGGAAUAUCAACCAUCGAGAUUUGCGAAUAUCCCGGUGAAUUCUCUUCGCUACAAUCUCUCCUUAUUCGGCUAUGGACCUCGCAAAUGUCUAGGUCAACAUAUUACUGAUAAAAUGUUGAGGACGUUUAUCUACUUCCUCUUCACGAAAUACAGAGUUUCAGUCCUUCCGAAUCAGAUUAUUGACGGUGCAUUCAAAGUUGAUAAGAGCAGCUGGGUCGGCUUGUUUGACGUGGAACUUUCCCUUGAAAAGAGAUAAGGGUCUAAUUGUUUUUAACGCUGAGGUGAUGCAAGAAAAAACCAACCGAUGAUAAACUGCGAAACCUUUUUUCUUACUUGUUCUCGAGAUAAUUUGUCCUAUUAUGCCUUUGGAAGCAUGUCAAAUCAAAUUCGUUUCAACCUCUCCGCCAACUCCGUAUAGCAUGUAUGAGCUAGUGGAACUGAAUGGAUUACACCAAAAAUAAAGUAGAUUGACCG